AUGAUUAUUUACACAAUGCUGAACUUGCAUAUAAGCUAUAUCAUCAGACAUAACAUGAAGAUCAUGGUGAAAUUCGUUGGAAUAGCCCUAUCAGGAUUUGGUGCCAUUAUUAAGGUAACUGUUUUCAAAAUGAAUCGCAACACUCUGAUAAAUUAUCAUCGGACAUUGAAUGAUCUUUUCGAGGAGGAACUUAUACAGAACGAAAAAGCGCAGACAAUAAUAUUUUCGUCCCUGCGCGCAAUAUCUACUCUAGCAUACAUAUAUUUCGUCUUUUUAACAGGAAUCUUAGUCGCAUAUUCUAAAUCUUCAUAUAUUUAUGUAAUACAAAAUCUUCUUUAUUUUCAUUUACCCACGAACUAUACCCUACCACUCAGCAGGGGAUUCGGAUGGUUCUGGACUAUUCCUGACAAUUUUUUAUAUCAUAUACAUAUGUUAUACGAAACAGGUCUAAUAGCACUCAGCUGCAUGAUGGCGUGCGGUGUCGACAGCGCUUUUGGCUUCUAUGUUUAUCAGAUCAGUUCAACAAUACGCGCUAUGAUGUUCGCUCUUACAAAUCCUCUGUCCACUGAGAAAUUUUCGGAUCUCUUGAGAACGUGCGCAGUCAAACAUCAGAAGCUACUGCAAUGUCGUAACACGUUGGAGCACCUUUAUGGACCAAUCAUCUUUUGGCAUAUUGUCAGCAAUGCCGUGCUUCUUUGUUUUUUGAUAUACGAUUUCACAUCAUUAUCGGUCAUUAAUUUUGAAACCGUUUCCUCAUCUGUGUCAUACGCUGGAGUAAAACUGCUUCAAACAUUUAUGUACACAUGGUAUGGUACUUUUCUCACAAAUGCGGGCGAGGAAUUUCGUAAAGCAAUAUACUUUAGCAGAUGGCUCAAUUCUAAUCUUGAUUGUCACGUAAGAACAAAUAUUAUUUUGAUGUUGAUGCAAAAGCCAAUGACUAUAAAUGCAGUUUUUUCUCCCGUCAAUGUAACCAUGUUUACCAAUUUCGUGAAUACUACAAUGUCCUAUGUUUUCCUGUUGCAAUCUAUGGAAUAA